AUGGAGGAUACAAGCAUCGCUCCUGCCGAUGGCACCUGCCACUUUCUCCGUCUGCCAGCAGAGUUGAGAGACCUGAUCUAUCGGCAGGCGCUCUUCUCACCCGAAGGUCUUGCUUGUAGGUCUACGCAAGAGUGCGGCAAGCUCCACUACCGGCUUCUCCAUUCAACCCAUGAGCUCGGUUCUCAGCCGUUGGGAAUCGCGACAAGCGAGCUCAAUCAGCUGAAAUUCGUAUGUCGCCAACUCAAUGUCGAGACAAAGUGCGUCUCUACGAGCAUCAACGCAAUAGUCUUCUUGAAGGGCAUUCCCGAUUUCAUCGAAUUUGCCACUGCCUGUCCGAAGAGCGUUCUGAACCAGAUAUCCUCUGUUACGAUACAUCACGAACAAGAAUACGAUGAUCACAACUUCUGUGAGCCGAGCCAUGGCACUUCACUACUGGACUUCUGCAAGCAACAACCAUACACCUCCGUCGAGCUACGACACUCGUGGCUCGAUCCCCAUGAGCCAGACUUCUUUCAACGAAUGAUUGAGUUUGCGAUUCAUUUCCGCAACGACCGAGGAGUCGUUGCUCGAGUGACCGCCUCUCUCAACGCGCAACAAUAUUUAAUUCACAGAGCUGUGGAUAUCUGGUACGCAAACACGGACAUUUCCGACCGCCUGAAGGAGUAUCCUCGGAACUUGCGCGCAUUUCCACCUUACAAAACUCUCAACGAUGUCGUUUUUAAGGACCAUUACCUAGCGGAUGCCAUCGAUAUGCUGGAUGUAAACAUGUCAGAUGGUCUACCGGGCGGAGUUGAGUUGGUAAAGGGGGUCUUUCAACGAGGCAUUUGA